UGCUCUCAGCCUAUAAUACAUACAAACUUUGAAUUUUUUUAACAGAUUCACUUCGGCCAAGAGCAUUUUGGAAAUGAUUUUCAUACAUAUUCAAUAAUCUGGACGAAUUCAAGCAUUCGAUUUCUGGUUGAUGGUCUUGAAUAUGGAACCGACACUGGAGGUUAUAAACACUUACAAUCAAUUCCAAAUGCAAUUCAUUGGGAAAGCGGGAACCAAAUGGCACCGUUCGAUCAGGAAUUCCAUAUAUCUUUAGGCGUUGGUGUUGGUGGAAAUGCGGAUUUUGCUGAUGAUUCUAAAACAGGAAAUUCAAAAAUCCCAAAACCCUGGGAAAACACAUCACCCAAAGCGGAACUGAGCUUUUUCAUGCGUGUUGAUGAAUGGCAUUCGACAUGGACCCCCCGGGAGUCAGGAUUGAUCGUUGAUUAUGUUAAAGUUUAUUCCGUUUAAAAUGUCUGUUUUUUUAAUAAAAAAAUAAAAAUUAUACAUAGUUUAAAAAAGUCCAAUUAUCAUUAAAAGUCAU